AUGGCUUGCCCAACGUCUGCCCGCAUGGAGUGCGUGGUUCCUUUCCCGGCAUGUGGUAUUCCGUGCCCCAUCUGUAAGAAAACCCAGCGUGAUUCCUCCACGUUCAAAACCCAUGCUCGGCGUGUCCAUCAUGUAAACAACCCCGAAACACCAACUACAUGCUCCAUUUGCAGCCAAGUAUUCAAUACAUUCCGUGCUGGGUCAGCACACUACUCCCGGAAACAUCUUGUCGGCCCUUCAACUCCUGAUGCACCCUCUGGCCCACUCAUGCAAACCCCUCCACCGGCAAAAACACCUGAGGUUGUUGAUGUAAUCGAAAGUGUGCUAUGUGCUCCUAAGAGCCUUAACAGCUCUCGCCUGCCACAAACAGAGCAAACCCCUAGCUCCACCAGGAAGCUCAUACAACACGUCCUGCAGAAUGCUGUACCACCCAAGCCACCUCGCCAACCAUCUCCAACGACAAGCGCUGAGUGUACACCCCCUGCAUCUACCACGUCGCAUAGACCACUGUCACCAGAGUUCCCCCCACCUAUCCCUAUCAACAGUCGAUCUACAAUAUGUCCUCAUCCGGAGAGAGAGAUCAGACAACUUGUCCGCCACUAUCGCCGGCAACCUACCAGUCGACCCCAUCGGCAGCCUCCUCCUCCACCGACCUCACCUCCCCCUAACAUUGUCCACCACCCGUCAGAUACCCUUCAAGAACUCAACAACAACCUUGAUAGGCUCCGUGCCACACUUGAAGAUAUCGACCCAAAUGACGAUGACUCCCAAUCAACCCCACCUCGACCCAAUAACCUACCAAUACCUGACUCUCUGAGUGACUCUCCCAUACCUUCAACCAACCACCCCAUGUCCCCGAAUAAUCCCUCACCGACCCUAUUCACCCCCUCACAACCCUCACCUCCACACGAACCUUCCCCCCGAGCUGCACCAGCAACCAACACAAACAUCCACCCUUCACACACACCAGAUCACCUGGUAACCUCACAGAGCGACCUGGAAAGACCAAACUGCGAGGAAUUACAGAACUUCCACGACCAUUGGUCUAUCACAUUCUCCGCUCAUCUCCCUUGGGAAGAAUUCUCCGAACAAUGCGAACUAUUCGCGGACUCCUGUCGGGCACUGGCCUCAACGAUGAAUGCACAAAAUCGUCCCCAGCGAAAUAAUCCUCCUGCUCCAAACCAGACCCCCGACGCCCACCACAAGGCCGACGCAUUGCCAACUUUAACCCAACCGAAGCCCGGAAAAUUCAAGGCCUCUACCGCCAUUCCAAGAAACGUGCGCCCGGAAGAUCCUUGCCUCCAACACCACCUCCUACUCUGGCUCACGAGAAAAUGCCCAAUCCUUCUUCCGAGAAGUGUUCUCCACCAAGGCCUGCGACGUUGA